AUGUCUACCUCCGGCUCUCCGCAAAAUUCAACGUCUCUCACCAGCUCUGCUAUCAGCACGGUUCGCAACGCCGUAUCAGCACCAGAAAGCGAGCUGAGGCGAUGGAGGAGAGUUUUUGACAGCAACGCCAAGACUGUCGCGGAUGGCGAGAAGUAUCUUGACGUAGAGAACUUUGUCAAUGCGAUUGCACCAAAGGGGGACUUGACAAAGAUAGAUAGGGCUCAAUUCUCUGUCCUUUUCCGAGUAGCCGACGCAUCGAGGCGUGGCUUGGUCUCCUGGGAUGAUUUCACCGUCUUUGAGACUCUUCUCAAGCGGCCCGACGCGGACUACUGGAUCGCGUUCCAGUACUUUGAUGUAGACAACUCAGGAACAAUUGACUUCAAUGAGUUUAAACAAGUGUUCUUGGCUAAUGUUGGAUCUUCUGCGAUACCCUUUGACUUUGAUUGCGAUUGGGUUAAGUUAUAUUUGGGUCGAAAGAAUGGAACACACGUCCUUGGAUACAAUGAGUUCACGCAGUUGAUGAAGGGCCUCCAGGGAGAGCGUUUACGUCAGGCCUUCAAGCACCUGGACACCGAUCAGGAUGGUUUCAUCAGGCCCGACCAGUUCAAGCAAAUCAUCACGGAAAUUGCGGGACACAAGCUGUCUGACGCAGUCAUGGAGCGCCUUCCUACUUUAUGUACCUUGUCACCUGGCGGGCGGAUAUCUUACUCCGAAGUUGUAGCAUUCCAUAAUGUUAUUAGAGAAAUGGAUAUGGUUGAGCGAAUUAUCAGGGAGGCGGUGGCUAAAAGCAAGGACGGUCGCAUAGAUCAAUCGGAUUUCCUGAACCAUUCGGCUGCUAGCUCCCGCUAUUCGCUCUUCACACCAAUGGAGGCGUCGAUCAUUUUCCACUUCGCUGGUCGUGGUAGUGGUCUGCCCAGACUAGCUCUUCCUGACUUUGCCCAGUUAUUGGACCCACGUUGGAGAGCGCCUCAUGAUGUCGAUGACACCAAAACACAGACAACCAAGACUACAUCGAUUGUCCAGGGAAUUCUGGAAUCAGCGUACAACUUUGUUCAGGGCGGUUUUGCCGGAGCGUUCGGUGCUACGAUCGUAUACCCUAUAGACAUGGGUAUAAUGCAAAACCAGAGGAGCACCGUUGUUGGUCAAAUGUUGUAUAAGAACAGUAUAGAUUGCGCCCAGAAAAUUCUUCGCAAUGAAGGUUUCCUAGGAUUCUAUCGUGGUCUCGGUCCUCAGCUCAUCGGUGUUGCUCCUGAGAAAGCCAUAAAAUUAACAGUCAACGAUCUCGUCCGACGUCGUGCAACCGACCCGGACACGGGUCGCAUCAAGCUGAGUUGGGAGUUAUUUGCUGGUGGUAUGGCCGGUGGAUGUCAAGUCGUCUUCACAAAUCCCUUGGAAAUUGUCAAGAUUCGGCUGCAAAUUCAAGGAGAAGCAGCCAAACUUGAGGGCGCGGCGCCUAAGGGUGCGGUUCACAUUGUCCGGCAGCUUGGCAUACUUGGCUUGUACAAAGGAGCGAGCGCGUGUUUGUUGCGCGAUAUUCCUUUCUCCGCAAUCUACUUCCCCGCGUACUGGCACCUGAAGAAAGACAUUUUCAAGGAAGGCUACCGUGGGAAGGAGUUGUCGUUCCUGGAGACUUUGGGAUCUGCAGCGAUUGCGGGUAUGCCUGCUGCCUACCUGACAACGCCGGCAGAUGUUGUCAAGACCCGACUCCAAGUUGAGGCGCGCCAGGGCCAGACGAAUUACAAGGGUUUGACCGAUGCAUUCGUCAGGAUUUACCGUGAAGAAGGCUUCAAGGCAUUGUUCAAGGGCGGACCGGCACGUAUCGUUCGUAGCAGCCCUCAAUUCGGCUUUACACUGCUUGCCUACGAAUACAUGCACAAGUACCCGUGGGCAGAGAAGUCGCACGAAGUCAAGACGGCGCUUACGACCUCGAAGCAGGAUGAUUUAUCUAGAAUUCGGGCUCGCAACGCCCUCAAGAUUCUAUUGGAUGUUCAUGGUGACUUCGGGCGUCGCCCCCAGCCGGUCUCAAUCCCAUCGUUGUCUGUUAAGUCGGCUUGA